AUCUCAGCAUUUUUGUACAUCGCGGCCAGUCCCCGGCGUUUCCUCCAAGCUUCCCGACCCUCGCCAUAGGUUUUCUCAUCCUCACUACUGUGGAAUGGCUCGUGGCAACCAACGAGAACUUGCCCGCGCAAAGGCGGCAAAGAAGGCUGGGGAUUCAGGGAAGGGUGUGCGAAAGGAUGAUAUGACGCAUGCCCAGCGGAAAGAACACGACAAGAAAAUGCUUCAAGAAAAGCAAGCAGCAAAAGCAGCAAAAAUGGCAGCAGAAGCAGCCGGAAAGAAAUGAGCUAUUUCACUGGAAAGGUGACUAUCAGUGGCCGCACCACGUACAUGACUGAAAUCGACGAUUAUCGGCUUCGUCCCGUCAUGCAUAUAUAGAAAUGAAAAUUGUCCAUAGGACAUACCUGGUUUCCCCACACUAGGACGAGUUUCGCUGUUGAUAUUAAUAGAGUUUCGUGAUGUGGGCAAUUUUGGAAACUGUCGCAAUACUUUAUCAACUGGUUGUGGUGUC